AGUAUAAGUGCACAGUUCAGUGCGAACUGUAGGUACGUGUUUUGAUAAAGUUGUAAGAAAAGUUUAUUUGAAUAAUAACGUUUAGUGUUAAAUUAACCAACAUACAAAAAAUCACAAACAUGAGUUCCCAAAACUUCACCGUAGCUCCUCCCAGGAUAGUGGACCGUCAUGUUAGAGAGACCCUGUUCUGUGGGCCUGGGCCCGCUAACAUGUGGCCUUCCGUAAAUGAAGCCAUCACGAGAGAUCUUAUAUGCAACAUGUGCGAUGAGUUCUUCAAUGUAAUGGAUGACAUUCGUGCUGGAAUCCAGUACCUGUUCCAGACUCAAAGGAAGUUGGUUCUGGCGAUGAGUGGCUCAGGACACUCCGGCAUGGAGGCGGUCAUAUGCAACCUGGUUGCUCCUGGGGAAACCCUACUAAUUGCUAAAAGGGGAAUGUGGGAUUUACGAGCUGAUAUUAUUGCUAGAAGAUACGGCAUAAAAACGGUUGUGGAAGAAAUUCCAGUCACAGAAACAUUCUCUUUGGACCAUUUGGAAUCUAUGAUCAAAAAAGUUCGACCAACAGCUUUAUUCAUCACACACGGAGACUCCUCCACUGGAUCGGUUCAAAAAAUUGAGGGACUUGGUCAAAUAUGUCACAAGUAUGGAGUCCUCUUACUGGUAGACACAGUAGUGUCAAUAGCUGCAGAGCCAUUCUUCAUGGAUGCGUGGGAAGUCGACGCAGUGUACUCGUCUCCGCAAAAAGCAAUGAGUGGCCCUGCUGGGAUAUCACCAGUUGCCUUUAGUGCUUUGGCUGAGAACAAAAUUAACAACAGAAAACAUGAACCACCAUUUUAUUUUGACAUCAAAGAGUUGGCUCUUCAAUGGAAUUGCUACGAAAAUGCGAGAAAAUACCAUCAUACAGUAAGCACACCGAUGCUGUGGGCUCUCCGCUGCUGUCUCCAAGAAAUUGCCAAAGAGACUCUCCAGAAGUCCUGGGAGCGCCAUGCAGCUGUCAACAAAUACUUCAACCAACGCCUGGGAGAACUCCCCGUAACGUUCCUCAUUGCUAAUCCUGAGGACCGAUUGUCAACUGUCACCACUAUCUCCCUCCCUAAAGGCUACGAAUAUCUGGAGGUCAUCAAGUACAUGAGGGAAAAGCACGACAUUCUUAUCUUCGGUGGGAUGGGCCCAACAGCGGGCAAAAUCUUGCGCAUUGGUGUGAUGGGGGUCAACUCCAGCGUCAAAACCGCUGACCGGCUGGUUGCUGCUUUGGCUGACACAUUGAAAGCACUGAAGAAGUCUUCACUGUGAUUUAGUUUAGUUAAGUGUGUCUUUAAGUACGAUAAUGAUGAUUUUAAAUAUGCAGUUGGAUGGCUUUAAUAAAUUCAAAUUUUAAGUUA